CUUUUAUUCAUUCAAACCAGUCAAUCCCCACUUUAUGUGAAUUCAAAAGCAGGAGGUGCACACCACGCGCCAUUACCCUACACAAGAAAAAUGCGCUCUCCGUUUGUCCUAUCCACUCUUCUCUGCUAAAAUCUAAAACACUUGCACACGCGCCUCCGCUAAACGCCGUGCGCCGCCGCAUAUCCGCCACAAAUCAAAAAAAACAACGCACAUUUCAUCGCAUAUUUGCAGGUUGAUGGAGAUGGAAGGAGGAAUUGAUCCGGAUGCGCCACUUGAUUAUGUUGAACUUCAGAUAUUUCCAUGCCAGAACAGGUAUGAUGCAUAUGUAUGUAGUAACAACACGGCAGUAAAAGCAGCAUCUGGAACCUUGAAACAGUUAUUAUUGCAUUCACCUCGAGUCAAAGAUUUGUCCUCCGAAGGCGCGAACACGAAUUUCAAGGUUUUACCGCCUGACAAUGUCAAUGAUGCUGAGUGGUUCACACCAACCACAUUGAAAAGAUUUCUACACAUUCUUGGUUCGCCAGACAUCAUUAGCAUUGGAAAUGAAAUCACUCAGUUAGAGGAAACCCGAAGAUUCCAACUUUCUUUGUCUUUAAAGGCUGUCGUUGAUAUUAGAUCAUCGAUCGAUUCAAAGAAUGAAUUACUGAGAGCAGUUGAUUUACGGCUCACUGCGUUAAAAGACGAAGUAGUUACCGCCUUUGACCAGGUUACCAGGGUCAAAUGCUCAACUAAGGACAUCUCUGACUUGGAAAAUUUUGCUCAUCAUUUUGGAGCCAAAGAUAUAAGGGAUAUAUUACAGAAGUUUGUAGAAAUGAGCCUAUUCCCAGCAGUCGAAGACUCUAACAAAAGCAUAACAAAUUGUGUCUCUCCAAAAGCUGAUCAGACUAAACGGCACAACUCAACAAAAGACGAAAAUGCUUCACUUUCAAGCGAUGAGGACCAAGCAUGUGCUAACAGAUGUCGUUCUGCUACAAGAUCUGCAACACCUAGACGAUCAGCAUCUCCAAUGCGUCGCAUACAAAUUGGACGGUUAGGAUCACACAGGGCACCCGCACUAACCAUUAAGAACCUCAACCAUUUUCCCGCCAGAGAAAAACUAUCAUUUCAGAGAGAUGUUGGCAGCAGUAGUGACGAGGAUGACAAUGACCCGGAUAAACCCGCGAAGAAAAAUGUGCUGAAGAUGAGUGUUCAAGAUAAAAUCAGUUUAUUUGAAAGCAAACAAAGAGACCAAAAGGUGGACUUUACAAAGACUAAAAAAAUGUUGAAAGUAACUGUUGGCCCGAAUAAAGCUGUACUGAGAAGAUGGAGUUCCGGAAUGGGUGAAAAUGCCACCCAAAAUCUCGAGAAUUCUUCACUCGGCCCAAUAAGUAAAGCACCUGAGCCUGACCCGAAACCUGAACCCAACCCGGAACCCGAACCUGAGUCUAAUGUGACUGCAGAAAAUGUUAAACCACAUUCACCGGAGAGAGAAGAAAAGUGUGAAAAGCAUCCGAACUCUAUUGAAUGGAAUCAACAGAACGAAGAAAAACUGAAUGAACUGCUCACGAAAAUAAUGGACGAUAAAAAUAAACCGGUCCGACGUAGAAGCCUGAACAGUGAUGUUACCAAGAGUAAGAAAUCUACGGUUCUGAAGGAGGUAAGUUGCAAGCAAAAAAAGGACGAGAAUCUCCGAGUAGAAGCUUCCGGAAAGAAAACUCAAAAGAACUCGACUCCAAUAAUGAACUCAAGAAAAGAAGCUUUAAACAAACCUUCUGUUUUGAAGAAAACUGCAUCUAAACCGUCUUCUUUGGCUGCUACACGCAAAUCAUGGUCAUCGUCACCAUCGCCAAAAACUCCAACCGGUCCUAUUAUUAGCACCACACCAACGAGUCGAAAACCGGUUGGAUCAAGCACAAAAACUGAGAAAUCUCAACCUCGGUCAAAGACUCUAAAGUCAACACCACCAAAUGCCAAUAGACAUCUUAGAAACAUCAAUCAGAACACGCAGUCAACAGUCACGAAAAGCACAAAGACAAGUAAACCAAAAGUUGACCAGACUCCUGAGGUUAAACCGAGCUUUUAUAACAAGGUUAGUAAGAAGAGUAGUGUGGUACCGUUGGAAACAAAACCGUUUCUUCGUAAAGGCUCUGGGAUUGGACCUGGGGUGGGUCCAGGUGUAGUUAAAGUUAAGUCAAAGGUUGUGAGCCAGCCUGAGGAAGCUUCUAGAAGUUUGAUCCAAACUGAAGACAAUGAGGUAGUCAUGGCUAUUGAUGUGGGUCAAAAUGAGGAAAAAUGUGAACCCCAGGUUGUUAGCCCGGGCCCCACAAAGUGUGAGGAAUCAGUUAUGAUCUCUCCAACUGCUUGGGUGGAAGAAGUAGGUAAUGAAUCAGAUAACAACCAUGAUGAAAGAUUUGGGCCCCGGGUGGUUAGCCUUAGCCUGGGCCCCACAAAGUUUGAGGAACAAGUGAUGAUCUCUCCAACUGCUUGGGUGGAAGAAGUAGAAGAUGAAUCAGAUAACAACCACGAGGAAACAUGUGGGCCCCAGGUGGUUAGCGUUAGCCACAGCCCGGGCCCCACAAAGUGUGAGGAAUCAGUUACGAUCUCUCCAACUGCUUGGGUGGAAGAAGUAGGUAAUGAAUCAGAUAAUAACCAUGAGGAAACAUGUGGGCCCCAGGUGGUUAGCCUUAGCCCCAGCCCGAGCCCGGGCCCCACACAGUGUGAGGAAUCAGUGAUGAUUUCUCCAUCUGCUUGGGUGGAAGAAGUGGAAGAUGCAUCAGAUAAUAACCAUGAGGAAGAGGUUAUUCCAUGCCUAUUGCAGAGUGAGUCUCCGGUCAAACUUGUUGCGCCAGCUGGCGCUUCGUCAAGUCCACGAGUUCGUCACUCUUUAUCUCAAAUGCUUCUAGAAGAGAGUAGUGAAGAGGCUGAUGUUAGCGAGUGGGGUAAUGCUGAGCACCCGCCUGCGUUGGUCUACCAGAAAGAUUCACCGAAAGGGUUCAAACGGCUCUUGAAGUUUGCUCGAAAAAGUAAAGCUGAGUCAGCAUUACUGGAAGCAGAUGAUGAUUCUGGAGAAUCUAAAGUUGCAUCCCAGAAUCAUUCAAAGGUACCGGAACGUCAUGUCUCCGCUUCCCUGAAUUCUACAAAAGGAACAAGGUCAUUCUUCUCUCUUUCAGCGUUUCGGGCGAGCAAGACUAAUGAGAGCAAGCUUCCUUAACACCAAAAAAGCUAUAAAGUUGUAAAAUAUACAUAUCUAGUUGUUACAUGUAAAUUGUGCUGAUGUUUGCUACAUUAUUAUUUUUAAAAUGUUAGCUACAUAACUUUCAAGUA